GUGCAGCAGGAGUCGCGUGAAGCAGGCAGCCUAUGGCGGCGCGGGGGCGUGCUUGCCGCAGAAGGCGGAGCACCUGGAGGGACCCUGGCAAAGGCUCUGGCUUGGCCUCGGCUCCCAGCUCCGGCUCUGGAACGGGCCCCCUGGCGCUCCCGCUCCCGCUCCCGCUCCCGGUGCCCGUGCCGGCGGCGAUGGCGGCGAUUCUGGGGCCCAGUGCCCUGGCUCGGCUCCGCUGGGGCUCGGCCUUCUGCUCCAUCGCGGCCGGAGGCUUGGGCGCCUUCGCGGCCGCCUUUGCCAAGCUGGCCCUGAAGCCGACGACGUCCCGGGGCCCGGAGGAAGAGGAGCAGGGGCUCCCUUAUCCGCCCGCCAUGCAGGCCUGGUUGACCCUGAUGUUCCGGCUGAUGGCCUUUUCCUUGAUGAUUGUCAGCAACUCCCUUAUGUGGGCCUUCUUUUCCAAAGCGCUAAGUAUUUCUUCAUCUUCUGCCACGGCGUCGCUGACAAUGACCGCUUCUAACAUCAUUGCCUCAGCCUUCCUGGGUUACCUGUUGUAUGGAGAAUACUGUGCGGUGAUGUGGUGGGCCGGGGUCGUCCUGAUCCUCUAUGGACUGGCGCUGAUGCACAUAAGCUCGUCGGCCGACGAGGAGCUCGAGGAAAAGAAGAACCAGUAGGGGCAGACCCGAAAGCGAAUGUUCCUCGUGCUGUUGUCAGCCCUUCGGAAUCCCAGGCCUCGAAAAGGCCACUGAGUUCUGGGGGAGCAGUUUUGUCCUGUUGUUGUUAUUUUUUUUUAAAUUCCUAUCUAGGAAAGAAACCAAUGCUAGACACCAUCUGAUUGAUUCAUGCUUUAAAGAUCUCUUCAGGCAGGGCAUGCUCAUGUCACUAGGCCCCUGGCAAGUGGAUUUGUGCUUCUGACUCAGCUGAGACACUCUGCUAGAUGUCUAGAAAUCCCAGGGAGAAAGAAAGCAGUGUUCUUGCUGGAGCUGAUGUUCAGAUCGAUCUGUUCCUUGGGCUCAGGGGACAGAUGCCAGGAAGAGGCUUUGCCUCUGGUGAGCAUUUCUCCUUGGGGUAUCCUAGACAGAAUAGAGAAGGCUGACCUUGGGAUUGACCUUAGGCCUGAGUCUUUCUUGCUCUCUCACUGGAGCUCCAGUGACACCAGUAGUAUGUUUAUCACAAACCAUAAAUCUUAAUUUAAUGAGGAUUUACGGUCAGUUGGUAUUGAUAUGUGCCAUUAACAAUUACUAAGCACCUAGGCUAGACAAGGCCCAGGAAACCAAACUAGUGAGACAAUGUCAUUCCCUGCCCUCAAGGGAUACUCAGUGUGUUUGAGAAGGGACAAAGAAGAAUGAUACUGGUUAGAAAGUGAUAAAAAGGAAGGAAGGGAUAAAAGCCAAGGGAAAACCUAAGACCAGGGUCUCUUAUCCUUUUUGGGGACAUGGGCCCCUUUGGCAGGCUGGUGAAAUGGACCCCUUCUCAGAAUAAGAUUUUUAAAAUAAUAAAACAAAAUACAUAGGAUUACCAAGGAAACCCAAUUGGAAUACAGUUAUCAAAAACAAACAAAUACAUGGAUGCCCAGUUUAAGAACCCUUAAUGUAAGACAAUGUGCCAUAAGAAAUUUAAGGAGGGUGCCCAGGUUAAGAUCCCCUGGUCUAAGACAAUGUGCCAUAAGAAAUUUGAGAAGGAAGAAGUCUCAGCUGGGGAAGGAUCAGGGAAGCCUUCACAAAGGAGGGGGUUACUGAGCUGGGUCAUAGAGAGGAUUUCAGAAAGAAGAAAUGUGGAGGAAAUGAGUUGUAGGUAGAGAAAAGAGCCUUGGCAAAUGGAAGAGGAGAGUGAGGGGCAGCUGGUUGUCUAGUUUAUGUGGGGGUAGACUUCAUGGGAGAAGGUGGUAUGAAGGCUAGACAGAGAGGUGGAAGCCAGCCUGUCAAGGACCCUAAAAUGCCACAAGUAUUUAUUUAUCAAGCUCCUACUAUGUGCCAAGCACAGUGCUAAGUAUUGACGAUACCAAGACAAAAAAUGAAUCAUCCCAACUUGUUAGACAAAGAUAGAUAUGACUGUAGACUGUAUAAAGUGCUUCAGUACAAAUCUAUACAAAGUAGUUAGGGAUUUGGCUCCCUAUCACUCCUCCACUUCCAGGGUCGACAGCCUCCGCAGGAGAAUCAAAAUUUACUCUUAAUUCUUCUGUAGCACUUGCAGUUCUGAGAUUGAUUUGAAUACCCCCGAAGUAUACUAGGGAGGUCUACAUAGUCUGGCUGCCAUCUUCGUCUUCAGCUCUGAAAGAACAAAGUCAUCCCAAGAAAGAAAACAAAAGCAGGGAGAUGGUUCAGAGAACGAUGGCAUGUGACUGUAAUGGAUAUUCAAAGAAUAAUUGAAACGUUCAGUAAAACUUAGUUCUUUAGAAAAAAACUGCAGUUGAUAAGCAUACAGUUGACAGCACUAUGGGGCCUUUGCAGCUCACUGGUGAGUUCCUGGCCAGGAUCCCCAUUUCCUGAAGAGCCCCAACCAGGCUUGUGCUUGCUUCAUGUUCAGCUCUCUCUCCCACCUGCCCCACCUGCUUAGCAGCCUCACCCCAGCUUGAUUGCCCAAAUCCCCCCCAGCCCCCCUUUAUGUGUUGUAUUCCUGCAUUAGGAUGUAAGCUCCUUGAGAGGAGGAACUGAAUCGUUUGCUUGUAUUUGUAUAGUAUAGUGUCUAGCAUGUAAGAGUUCAAUAAAUCUAGCAAGCAAAGAGA